GUCAACGACAACCUCCUGGAGCUUCUCAUCAUGAACAACGCCUGUAAGGUCGCAUCGCCUUCCAGGGUGACUGCCGUGAUCCUGUGUUUUCCGUAUGCCCGACAAGACAAAAAGGACAAGAGCCGCGCUCCGAUUUCUGCGAAAACUUGCGGCCAAUAUGCUGUCAGUGGCUGGGGCAGAUCACAUCAUCACCGUGGACCUGCACGCCUCACAUCCAGGGAUUCUGUGACAUCCCGGUGGAUUAUUUGUACGCAGAGCCCGUGGUCCUGCAGUGGAUCCGGGAGAACACUGCCGAGUGGGACAACUGUAUCAUAGUUUCACCUGACGCCGGGGGAGCCAAGAGGGUCACCUCGAUUGCAGACAGGCUGAAUGUGGAAUUUGCCCUGAUUCACAAAGAGAGGAAGAAAGCAAAGUGGACCGGAUGGUUCUGGUGGGCGACGUGAAGGACCGCGUGGUCAUCCUCGUGGCUGACACGUGUGGCACCAUCUGCCACGCCGCGGACAAGCUACUCUCAGCUGGAGCCACCAAAGUUUAUGCUGUCCUCACACACGGGAUCUUCUCUGGGCCAGCUAUUUCCAGAAUAAAUAAUGUCGCCUUUAAAGCUGUUGCGGUCACAAACACCAUUCCGCAGGAGGACAAAAUGAGACACUGUCCCCAGAUUCAGGUUAUUGAUAUCUCGAUGAUCUUGGCAGAGGUGAUCUGAAGAACACGCAACGGCGAAUCUGUGUCUUACCUGUUCAGCCAUGUAUCGCUAUAGAUCCCGGACGUGGGUAUUUUGAGGCCACAACUUUCAAGUUCAUAUAAUUCCACUGUGGAAGUUCGUAGUUUAUAUAUUUUGAGGUUCCCAAAGGUGACUUCAGAUUGAAACCUUCUGUGUAAAUAAUGAUAAUGGCUAUGGACAUUUGGGUAAAACUCUGUAUGCAGAAUUAGCCUUUUGUUUCGGAGUGAAUCUUAGAAAAUUUAUAACACCCUGAAUUUUGAUUUUUUUUUUUUUUUAAGUAACCAGAUGUCAAAUGAACCAUUGGGGUUAUUGUGCUUAAUGUGACCAAAUUUUAUGUGGCUUAAGAUGGCCACGGACACGUUUACCGUCUGAUAGACAUUAGCCGUAUCAGAGGCAAUGUAGUUUGGUGUCUUUUUUGUUAUUGCUACUUCUG